AUGAAGCUGUACCUUGUUGGUGGAUCUUUUGGACUCCGUGAAUUUGCUCAGAUAAGAUAUGAUGUCCAGAAACUUCAUGGAAAGGUUGAUCCCUCCUUGAGAGAAAAAUUGAAACGGAACAAUGUGACUCUGGAGUCUGAAUAUGAGAAACUGGAAACGUCUGACUUAGAUAACUGGGAGAAUAUCAGAGGACCCCGUCUGUGGGAAGACUCCAAGACCGUUCAGCAGCAGCAGCGAGAGGCUGCCCGUCUGAAAACAGUGUGACUGAGGAA